AUGAAGAAAAGAUGGGCAAGACAGUAUUACAAUCCAUCGUGGGUGCUUACUGCUGAAGAAACAGAAGUCCAACAAAAAGCUUACUUUGACCGUGUGGCUGCCACCCAGAGCUUGUUCAAGUUGUUCAAAUUGAACCAACCGGAAAAAGUUUUCCAUGAACUUACCAAUGAAAGAGUUAUUCCUCGUGGAUCUACCAGAAGUCUUGUGCCUGGUACAUACAUCGAUCCAGAAGAAGUGGGUGCUAGAAGGGAAUGA